AUGGCGCAGCAGGUCGAGCAGCUGCGGGCCGACGGCGUCUACAAGGAGGUUAUACGGGAGGGCACCGGGCCGCUGCCCGACUUCCGCGAUGGCACCAAGGCCACCUUCCACUACCGGACACUGCGGUGCGGGGAUGAGGAGACGCCGCUGGACGACAGCCGAGAGCGGGGGAAGCCCAUGGAGCUGAUAGCCGGCAAGAAGUUCAAGUUGCCGGUGUGGGAGGCGGCGCUGCGGACCAUGCGAGCCGGGGAGCGGGCCCGCUUCCGCUGUGACGUCAAGCACGUGGUGCUUUACCCACUGGUGUCCAAGAGCCUGCGGAACAUCGCAGCUGGGAAGGACCCACUGGAGGGGCAACGGCACUGCUGCAGCAUUGCCCAGCUGCACGACCACUACUCCCUGGGAUACCCUGACCUUGACGAUCUCCAGAAGAACCCUCAACCCCUCAUCUUUGACAUUGAGGUGCUCAAGGUGGAGGCACCUGGCUCCUACCAGCAGGACCCGUGGGCCAUGACAGAUGAGGAGAAGCUGCAGGCUGUCCCCCUGAUCCACAAGGAAGGCAACGAGCUCUACCGGCAGGGCAAGGUGCAGGAGGCAGCUGCCAAAUACUACGAUGCCAUCGCCUGUCUCAAGAACCUACAGAUGAAGGAACAGCCUGGCUCUCCAGACUGGAUUGAGCUUGACCAGAAGAUCACACCCUUGCUGUUAAAUUACUGCCAAUGUAAGCUGCAGUCUGAGGAGUACUAUGAGGUGCUGGACCAUUGUUCCUCCAUCCUCAAUAAGUAUGAAGACAACGUCAAGGCCUACUUCAAGCGGGGGAAGGCCCACGCCGCGGUGUGGAACGUGGCAGAGGCCCAGGCUGACUUUGCCAAGGUGCUGGCCCUCGACCCCUCGCUGCGUUCCGUCGUCUCCAAGGAGCUGCGGAGCCUGGAAGCUCGCCUGAGGGAGAAGGAUGCCGAGGACAAGAUCCGUUUCAAGGGCAUUUUCUCCCAGUAGAGCCCCCCUCCACGGCUCUCUGAGCAGGUUCUGGGUUGGUUUUUUUUAAGAUAUUCCACAUGUGGAAUGUUCACGGAUGUUUAUUAAUGUUUAAUACAGAUUUUAAUUAUUGGAAGAAGUGGCCCCGGGGAGCUCGCCGUGGCAGCGUACCUUUGCUCGUGGCAUCGCAACCCUCGCUCAAAGGUGAAGCUCUAAACACUGCUCAUCGUCAUGCCAGGGACACGAGCUCAAGCCUGCUGCUCUCUGCCACCUUCUUUUACCUUUUUGUUUCAUGUUUUGAUACUUUAUGUUGGGCUGAGCCACCACCUUCAGGGCUGGACAAGCUUCUUGUGGUCGCUUGGCCCUGGCUCUUACCCUGUACUCCGUGCCACGUCCUGCAUCGUCACAUCUUGAGGCUGCUGCUGCCCAUCUCAAGCUGUGUGUGUUCUCUCUGCUCCAUCAUCAUGGCAGCGUCAGAAAUAUUUUAUGGAGACCUAACUGCUUCACACUGCCAUUGACCUAGAACUCUGGUUGUGCUAUGCCAAGAUAAGCAGAAGUAAAAUGAG